UGGAGGGGAGCGGCGGCAGCAGCACAGUCGCCUUCGCCGUCGUGUACGCACGCCGCCGCCGCCGCGCACCGGUCUCCCCGGUCGGGUCUACUAACCUAACCCGGUGGCCCGCGGGUCAGUUCACUCCGAUCUGGGAUCGCGGCCGCCAGGUCUCCGAAAGGUCAAAAAUCCGAAACGAUCGUCGUCCGUGCCGCCACAUUUCGCGCGUGUGAAUUUUAUUCGUUAUUCGAAAUCUGUUUUUUUGUUUUUAUUUAAUUUUUUUUUUUUCGAUUGUCUCAAAUCGAAACGAGACGAAAUAAAAAUUUUUGUUACCAAUAUCGGGGGAAAAAAGUGUUUUACACCGUGUGUUAUACACCAUCGGGAUAAAAUUAAAAAGAUAAUUUAAAUGUUCGUGCCUCGUUAUUGGUAAAAAAAAAAUCGUUCGUUCAGUGAUUUUAUUUCGCCGACCAAAACAGUUCGGCCGAACAACGGGAUCUCGUGCUGCAGCGCCUGGCGGUUUCCCGCGGUAAGCGACCAGCACCACCUGCACUUCCGCCAAGUCGGGGCACCAGCCCGACAGUCUCAGCAGAAGCUCAGGUGCACACCGGCAAGCACCAUUAUUAUUCCGCAUAACGGCCUCGCGGUGUGUCGCGCGGCGGUAGGCGGACUAUGCACAGUGUCCGGUGGCGGCGGUCCCGGCAUGACGGGCGUCGGCGGCCCGACCGGCGGUUCGGCCGCGCCGCCGUCGCACCAGGGCCCGCCGCACGGUGGCCCGCCGGACCUGCUGACCAGUGGACACCACCACGAUCUCGGCGGGUUCACCCGGAGCAUGGCGCUGGUGACGCCGGCGUGGCGCGACCCACCCGGUGGCGGCGGCGGUGGCCACCAUCUGGACGAGCCGCAGCAGAGCACCACGCCGGGCACGGCCAGCUCGCAGUCCGGCGGUUCGCUGGUCACGCUCGGCGGACAGUGCGAUAAGAACGGACAGAACAUCGAGUGCGUCGUGUGCGGUGACAAGAGCAGCGGCAAACACUACGGACAGUUUACUUGCGAAGGCUGUAAGAGUUUUUUCAAAAGGAGCGUGCGCCGGAAUCUCACGUACUCGUGCAGGGGAAGCCGGAACUGUCCCAUMGACCAACACCACCGGAACCAAUGUCAGUACUGUCGGCUGAAAAAGUGUCUGAAAAUGGGCAUGCGCAGAGAAGCCGUGCAGAGAGGUCGAGUUCCGGCCAGCCAGCCUCCCGGGCUCACCGGACUUCCAGGUCAGCUGUGCCUGGCCAACGGCGAGGCAGCCGCAGCCGCCGCGGCCGCCGCUGGAGCCGUCGGACUCAACGGCCACUCGUACCUGUCCUCCUAUAUAUCGCUGCUGUUACGAGCCGAACCGUACCCGACGUCUAGGUACGGUCAGUGUAUGCAACCGAACAACAUCAUGGGCAUAGACAACAUAUGCGAGCUGGCCGCCAGACUGCUGUUUAGCGCUGUUGAGUGGGCUCGGAACAUACCCUUCUUCCCAGACCUGCAGGUGACUGACCAAGUGGCCUUGCUGAGGCUCGUUUGGAGCGAACURUUUGUACUGAACGCGUCGCAGUGUUCGAUGCCACUGCACGUUGCCCCGCUGUUGGCCGCAGCUGGACUGCAUGCAUCUCCGAUGGCUGCGGAUCGUGUAGUCGCUUUCAUGGACCACAUACGCAUAUUCCAGGAGCAGGUGGAGAAACUCAAAGCCCUCCACGUAGACGCCGCCGAGUACAGUUGUCUGAAAGCCAUCGUCCUGUUCACCACCGGCAUAGUGUUCUGCGCUAUGGUCGGGUGUAAACACUCUAAACUGGACGCUGCGCCGCCGAUAUCGUAA